GCCAGGCCGUCGUCUCUGCGACCCCCCCUUCCCUCCUCCUCCCACCCCCAGUAGAUGUGGUCAGGUACGGCCUUCCCCAUGAAAACAACAGGGGGGGUUGUGAAGACAGACGUUAACACGGAGGUGUUAGUUAGCUGCUUUGUGUUGGUAUGUUAAACACACUGAGGUCCAGAGAAAGCUGCUGCAGGAGCUGUGUGUGUGUGUGAGGCACAGCCGUCUGGUUCGUCACUCUUCCCUCUGAUGAACGAACCCCCCGGACGUCAGGUGGAAGAUGGACGUGUCUUCCACUGUGUAGCUUCAUCCUGUGAAUCAGGGGUAGGAUCCGUCGCUGCCACAUGACCAGCUCAUACCCGGUGCUCGACAUGAAGCCCGUCAGCUAUCAGAGCUUGCCGUCAUCAGUGAGCGGGGGACACCAGGAUCUGGCCCUGGAUCGCGUGUUGAGCGCCCCCAAGGUGAUGUAUUGCGAGAAGUGCGGGUUCGCCUCCAUGGACGUCGCCGUGUUCAAGAAGCACAUGGUCGAGCACAUGACAACAAGGUUUUACUGCUUCUACUGCAACGACGUCUCCUUCAGCGAGGCAGAGUUAAAAGUGCACCUGAAGCAGCACACGUCAAAGUAUCCGUUCACGUGUCCUCACUGCGGACAGGGCUACAUGCGGAGGCUGUGUCUUGUGAAGCACAUUGAGCGUCUUCACAGUAAAAGCAUCAGUCAAGGACCAGCAAAGCCCGGCAUGACUUUAAUUUCUCCCGUGCCUGUCUCCAGUGCCUUAUCAAGCGUGUCCUCUGCUGAUCCAUCACCACCUAGGCCAACUGUUAAGGUGACAGUACCUGCCCUGAGUGCACCUGUUAUCAGACUGGAUAGAGAUGAACAGAGAGGGAAAACACUGGACACUAUUAUAUCGAAUGCCGCUAAUGGAAAUACAGAACUUUUGUCUCCUUUGAAUGGACUCAUACAGCACAACAGGGCUCUAACUGUUUCUCUUCCGGAGGAGGUAACAAUCCCUGCAGGCUGCUUGGUCGAACUUGUUGAGGUAAAAACUGUUAAUGGGACAAAAGAGCUAAAACUGAGGCUCGUCUCUCAACAAGAAAACGAGUCUGUGAUCAAAGAUACAAGAACCACAGUUUGUCAGAGCACCACACUGGGAAAGCCUUUAACAUCCACAUUGAAUCAUCAGUCUCCCACAAUGAAGACGGCAAGCAUGGGGAUGUGCACAGUAAACAGGAAGCAGUGUGAAACAAAGACGGUGAAUGUGGAGCGUCCUGCUGUUGUCCCUGUCAGUAUUUCCAAAAACCUCCUGAAUCAAUCGAGCAAAGAAAAGAGUGGAUUCAAAAGAAAGUCACAAGAAAUAAUCAACCUGGAGUGUAACACAGUCAUUCCAAAUAAGAUUCCCAAAACUAUCCUCAGUCCUGUUAGAGAAGGGAAUAGUGGGAUGAGAGUUGCACAAAGAGAACCUCUAAAUGCAGCUUCUCCCACGGUUAUCUUGCCACGGCUUACCAACAGGUUGACUAGCACCCUGCAUCCAGACAGCAAGGCGACAAGUGUUUCCCAGAGAGCAGCGGAGGAGAGGAUGAAUUUAAUUCCAGAGCCUUCUAAGAGCAUCCCAGCCCAGAGAGCAAGUGACACUAAAAGCCUCCCUCGAAAUGGGUCGGUGGCUGUGAAGCUGGAACCAGGAGAGAUCCACCUCAGGAACAACACUGCCACGAAGAUAAAGAAAGAGGGGGUGGGCUUGAACCAGCAACAUGUGACAUCGGGGAGCGUUCCUUUGCCCGCAGCGUCCAAAGUGAAACCUCCAGCAAUUUUAUCAUGUAAGGAUAAUGUUGUCCCAAAUCAGUCUUUUCCAGCACACAGGACUCUAACUGAGCGCUCACAGGUCAAAACCUCUGUGCUUUCUAAUCAUACAAAGUCUAAGAUCUCAGCUUGGACCCAGGAAGUGAGAUCCCGUGAGAGAGCAGGAGAAGGAGAAGUGCCAGAACCUGAGAGCUUUCCAAUAAUUUCCUCUGUGUUUUCGUUAAGUCAACAACCAGGGGAGGUACAGGGCUCCAUUCAGCCGCUGGUGAUGGCUCUGCGUGGCAUUGUGAUGGAUAAAAGCAACAGUUCUGGCAGUUCACAUCCUCAAGGUCGCAUCAAGAUAAUAAACGGAUCAGAGCAGGUGAGGGAAGCGCCGACGUUGGGGUUCCGUGCUCAGGUGGAUGUAAAGGAUGGACCUGUCAUCCUUGACCCUUUACCUACGGAGCGGUGUAUUGACUCUGUGAAAGUAGAGGGGCAUAAAGGCGUUCAGCAUCCCCCGGCACUGACCAACCUCCACAUUGAAGUCAAGGAGGAAAAGAAUAUUCCUACUCCUACAGACACGCUUACUUCAAAAUCCGUGACGGAUCAGGGAUCUGUUUCUGAAAUUCCAACAUAUGUAGACGCAUCCGUGGGUACAAAAACUCUGCAGCAGGUGGACAAGACCGAGCAUGACAUCUCGAAGUUCCUCACUGUCUCUCUGAGGAGGGUACAAGUAGGAGUGUGGAAGAAAAACAGGAAAGGACUGAAACUAAGAAUAUCCAAAUAUAAGACUCAUCUACCUGUAAGCAGUGUUGCUGACUGUGCAGUUAUUUACCCGAUGCCGCUGAAGGAGGACCAACUGGUGAAGAGACCGGGCCCCAACCAGCCCGUGGUGGUGCUCAACCACCCGAAGCCCCGGGCCCCCGUUCAGGGACUGAGGGCGGACACUAUCGCCAACACAGGAGCUUCUGAGGUGGUUCCGAAAUGCCAAAUCUUAAAAAUGAGGCUGAGCAAAGUGGUGGGGCAGAAAUACGAGGUGAUGGGGUGCACUGUCCGAGUCUUUCCAUGAGUUUAGCUGACAAAGUUUCAAGAAGUGUACAUUUAUAAAGAAAAGACUAGUAUUACGAUGGGAAAACACUGAUUUAAAUUCAUGAUGUUAUAUGUUUGUCUGUAUAGGCAUGGGAUAUGGAUUGUUGAAGUGCAAUGCAGCUGUGACAGCUUUGGGGUGUUGGGACCAUCUGCUGUAGUAGAUUCAGUCAGUAAUACACAGAUGUUAAGAACUGUCUAAGACGGUUGAGAAAACAGUAGAUCUGCCAGAGUCGAGGCAUAAGCGCAUGCUGUUUAUUUAAAAUAUCUUAAUUUAUUUUUUUAGUUGGGUAGGUAAUGUCUCGUGGUUCUUGCGGCCCCUUUAAGAUGCGACUUGAAGUAGUGGUACAUGCAGCACACCUUAGACGAGUCUUUCAGAAAAUAGUGCCAUAUACAGUAUAAUCAAAGCCAUGAGUUUUGACAUUUUUAAUGAUGAAAAAAAAAUCAGUGGGUGACAAAAGGGAUUAUCAAGUCUUUGUGAAAUCAUGUGGGGCAAAGUAAUACGCAGCUAACAAAAUUAUACAUCGAUUAAGGUUUUAUUCAAGUAUUAAUUCCUCUUUUUCUGUUUUUAGUUUUCACAUUAACCGAGCAGUACAAAAGGAAAACAGAAUCCCUUUACUGUCGUCGUGAAUCAACACUACAUAUACAAACAGAGCACUUCACAGGCCUGUAAAAUGGCCCCAUUUCUGCAAUUGCGUCAGUAGCAUUCAAAUAUUCCACAUUUCUGUACUAAUAAUUUUGUAACUGGUCAGCAACUGGGUCACUACAUUUCAUUCAAAGUUGCCUAAAAAAUGUGGUUGUCCUUGAAAUGGCGGUCAGUGUUUUUUAAUGUGCAGCUCUCUGCAUAUUUGUAUACAUGCCGGGCUGGUUUCUUGUUUGGUGGUGGGUUCAGGCACUCUUUGCAAACUUGUAUUUGGCAAGUGCAACAUGAGCAUGUCAUAUUUUUCAAACAGCCAUCAAGUCCAUUUCAUGCAAAGUGCCCUGUUUUCCAGUACUUUGCUGAUCAUUCUUGAUGACAAAACUGAAUGUUUUUGACUUUCUCAGAGCCAGAGUCCUUGAAUGCACCGUUUCUGUGAGGCCGUAGCCUAAAAGUCACUAAUACACGUCCCAUCAGCCCUCACCUCAAAGCUACAGCCCCAGAAUGUAUGAACGCAAAUUGUGUGACAUCUGAUAGAAGCCGACUUUUCUGUGACCCACUCGCUAACUUCUGGUCAUAGUCUGCCUCAGCUGUGUGUGUUUCCCCGGCUGAAGACUUCACCCAUGUGCAGUGAGAGCACAGGUCGUGUUUGUAAGAGUUUUGCGAAGGCAGCAGACACUGGCUUUAAAAAAAAAAAAAAAACUGGCCAUCAGGACAUGAAGAGGAUUUCAACAAAUACGAUAAAGAGUGUUUCAGAAACAACCCCGCCUUUUUAAGGGAAAAAGUAAAAGUCCUAAAGAAUCAAUGUAAAUGUUUAUUUUAAUGUUCAGUCUCAUGUUAACCUGCACUUACUGAUACUUAUAUACUUUUUUUAACAUUUGCUGUGUGUGUUUUAAUGAAUCAGAAUGUGUAAUUAUAUCAUAGUUUUGAUUAUUUGAGCUACUGCCCAAGAAAUAAGUGUUAAUUCCAUGAAACCCGCUUGGUUCAUCGUUUCUCACUCUGCAGUACAAUUUGCUUGUAGACGUCAGUCAGAAAAAAACUGAGGAGGAGAAACAAUGAUUACAAGUGGAGGACACUAAACUUCCUUAUGACUAAAGGUAUAUUUAAUUCUAGUGCCGCGUAGAUGCUCAGUGACUGUGGUGAUUCUUGGGGCGCUCAGAACCUUUUUAGAAUCUGUUGUCCAAAAACAUCAAGAAGGCUGUUGGGAUGUUCUGUCCUGAUGCUCUGCAGAUCUGCUUCUCUUCUUCACGGCAGCAUCACUACACCUGUGUGUUCCUGUUCAUACUGUAGUCAUGAUCUAUGAGGUGCUAGACCUUCGAUUGAAUCUAUUGGUUUUGGUCGCCCACAGAUUUUAUUGUGUAUAUACCUAUGAAUAUAAAACGUGAUGACAUGUUAAUUGCUCAGUAGGGAACAGCUAACGUUCCACUGAUUCUGUUGCAACGGCAGUGAUGCUGUGCUUUAUAUUUCUCACAUGUCAGCAUGUGAAGCUGCCUCAGUCUCUGUUAUUAUAUAUAAUGAUUUUAAAGGUCCGUCUUUCUUUCUUUUUUUUUUGUCCUCAUUUUUGUGGACAUUUCCUCAUGUUCCAGUUCAAGCAGUUUUUGGUUUUACUACAUUCACUGUGUUUAUCAUCAGUGUGUUCUCGUGUUUUUAUAUAUAAAAAAAAACAAUUGUGUAACUUCUCCUUUUUCUAUUAAAACUAAGUAAA